GAAUUUUUGAUUUUUCAUAUUUGUCAAACCAAACACAUCCAUCAGAAAUUUUCUUUUAUUUAAAGGAUAAAAAAGGAAUAAAAAUAACUACGUUUAACAAAGAAAAAUUGAAAAUUAAUCCUUUCAAAGCUAUUAAUGGAAAUUAGCUGUUUCCAAUGGAUCGCAUACCUGGACAAAUCGGAUACCUUCUCCUCAACGAAGACGGUGCGGUGAUAUCAUCGUCGGGCGAUUUGGAAAACGACGAGAAAUCCGCCGAUAUAAUAAUGGGCUUGAUAACGCUAACGUCGCAAAUUGAUCCAGAUGCACUUCCGAAUCAUGAUGGGUUUAAGAAGCUGUCGAUUAAGUACGAAGGGCACUCCUACAUCGUCUGCUUGUCAAACCGGAAAAUACACGUCGUGAAGAAAUUGAACAGUGUCGACGGUGCGGCCAUUUCAGUUUAAAGUCGAACUAUAUUAUUAUUGUUAACAUUACAAAGAUGGAUGUCUUGAUUUAUUUUACGAAAAUGAGGUAUAUGCAGAUUAGUAUUUUGCUUGCGGGAAUGUGUUAUUCUAUGUACCAAAUGUAUACGAUAUUGGAGGACUUAGAUGUGAAUGAGGAUUAUUUCACUUAUAUCUUUGUGUUAGUUUAAGUAUCUGUUAACUUCCCAUGUUUAUUAAUUAGUGUUUA